AACCAUAUAAUCAGAUAGCGUACCCACCUCACUCAACCACCCUUUUUCUUUGUUCUAACUCCGUUACUUUCUGCCGUCCCGUGGAACACGGUAGUCGCCCUGUCCUCAUAAACGGUGUCAGCGUCUGAAUCGGAAGAGAUUAGGUCACCCAAGAGAUCGGCACCAUGGGCGGAGACGGAGCCACGGCCAACGCGGAGGCGCAGUACACCACCGCCAAGACCUCCGUCUGGUGGGACAUCGAGAACUGCCACGUCCCAAAGGGUUCUGAUCCCCACGCCAUCGCGCAGAACAUCAGUUCCGCCCUCGUUCGCAUGAACUACUGCGGCCCCGUCUCCGUCUCCGCCUACGGCGACACCACGCGCAUCCCAGCGUCUGUACAGCACGCGCUCUCCAGCACCGGAAUCUCCCUCAACCACGUCCCCGCCGGCGUGAAAGAUGCAAGUGAUAAGAAGAUUCUUGUAGAUAUGCUGUUCUGGGCAGUGGACAAUCCUGCACCUGCUAAUUAUUUAUUAAUUUCCGGUGACCGAGACUUUUCGAAUGCGCUCCAUCAACUUCGGAUGAGGAGAUAUAAUAUUCUUCUUGCGCAACCUCAGAAAGCAUCUGCACCCCUAGUUGCUGCUGCCAAGAGUGUAUGGCUUUGGACUACCCUCUUAGCUGGAGGACCUCCUCUGUCUAAUGGUGAAUCGCAACAACUUGGUAAUGGUAACCUUAGCCAUGUAUCAUCUUCUGACUCCUUACAAAUACCAGUUACAAGUGCUGUUCUGAUACAGCAACAGGUGGAUUCCUAUUCAGAAGUUCAUGUAGGAAAUUCAAAAUCAAAUGGAGGAAGGGGGGUUGAUUCGAGAUAUCAGGGGAAAACAAAUUGGAGAAACCCGGGUCAAACAAAUGGACCCAGAUCCAUGAAUCCACCACCAGUUGGACCUCAAGAUAAUCGCAAUCGUAAUAAUAUAAACUCUUAUCGACCUGGUAACUUUAAUCCUAAUGUUCCGCAUAGUGGAUCUGCUACAAAUUAUGUUCAUGGAAAUACUACUGAUCAGUUAUGGAGCAAUAACAGUAAUCUACAGGGCGGCAAUCAUCAAAUUCCUUAUUCACAGCCAUUAAGACCAAACAACUUCCCAUUGCAACCUCCUUUUGCACCUAGUAAUUCUUAUACUCCAAAUUCCCAUACAUUUGCAACUUCAAUGAUGCCACCUAGAACUGGUGGUCCCAAUUUCACUACAGGGCCACAUACCAAUGUGCCAGAUAUUGGUAAUCUGAACAUUUCUGGAUAUCCUAAUACUGCUCAUAACCCUCCUAUUGUUCCACAACGGAGUGGAGAGUUGAAACACAAUCCUAGUAGUAAUGCACCUCAUCUUUUAAGAUCAAUUGAUGAAAAAAAUGGACAUAUGGUACAUAACAGUGGCACACAACAAUUACACCAAGGUUAUCAGCAUGGCCCAGAUUAUCAACAUACACCAUUAGCAGCAAUGGGUAAUAAUAACUCUCCUGGUAAUGGCAUGUGGGGUUCUCCAGGAUGUCCUAAACCUUCUGAAUAUGUACAAGGCCUAAUAGGGGUUGUUUUACUUGCCUUGAACUCGCUAAAAAAUGCAAAGAUGAUGCCAACUGAGGCAAAUAUAACUGAUUGCAUCCGGUAUGGAGAUCCCAAGCACCGCAACACUGAUGUUAAGAAGGCUCUUGAGAGUGCUAUUGAGCAGCAGAUGGUGGUGAAACAGAAUUUAGGAGCUUUGCCACUUUAUGUUGGUAAGAAUGAUAAACUUUGGAAGUGUGUAAAUCCUUUAGGUGGUAAUCCUAAGCAGCACUCAAAAGAAACAUGGGAAGAAAUUGAAAAGUUUUUAACAACUCCUGCUGGAAGAUCAGCAUUAAUGGCUACACAGUGCAAGUAUGAAGCAGGUAUUGUUAUAAAGAAUAUGUGCUUUAAAGAUCUUGCUUUGGGUGAUGUCCUUCAAAUUUUAAACAUGUUAGUUACCCAUAAAAAAUGGAUUGUGCAUCAUCAGUCUGGUUGGCAACCACUUAACAUUACACUUCCUGAGACAAACCCUGGUUCAGGGGUUGUAGCUGGCGCAUAACUGGAUCCUGAUUAAGGUAAUGGAAAGGCACCCAGAUAAAACUCACUGAAGUUGAUGAAUAUAGUAUGAGCCAGUUGAACUAGGAAUUUGUUGAAUAAUCUUCUGUUUCUCGUCUGAAUCAAAAGGUAGGUAGUAAUGGUGAACUGUAGUACAAUAAGCAUCUCGAGAGUUUAUGGUUAUUGUUACAGCCUUCAGUUGGUUUUGAGGGAGAAAUGAAGGCAGCAUUUGAGUUUUGUUUGAAUAUACCAAACUGUAGGUUGCUGAGGGUUCCUAUUAUGGUCUGCUAUGCAUCACAGUGGAUCUAUCUUGGAAUUAGUAAUCCUUCCUGUGUCCUGAGCUUCUACACAUUUAUCCUCCUAAAGUUUUAUAUUUUGCUUGGAGGUUGCCUUAUUAGACUGAAAUCUUGGGACCCAUUUAUUGAUAUAUUCUAAAUAGUGUCCGGGAUAUAUGGCAAGUACGUGUUUUACACUUUUGCUGGAAAUUGAAGGACCUUCGAGCUAGUUAAGAAAACCAUCCUCGAUGCUGUUUGUUUAUCACUAGGAAAUUGAUCUUCCAAAUCAAAUUCUUCAGGUUAAGUACCUUUUGUUCGUUGGUGGCUGUCUUUGAAAUGUUACAGGAAGUUUAAGUACUGGACAGAGAAUAGUUAAUUUGCACAAAAUUGAAGACUACUUCAUUCUUAAAAUCCUGCAUGAAGCCUCAUGACUUGUUAUCUCAACACAAAUACUUGGUAUGUUUAUGAUAUUGGAAACUGAUUUCACUAUGAAAAUCACGCUACGGAGUAUUCAAUGAUUCAAAGAUGGUGAAACUAAACGGUAUUGCAUCUCUUGUUGCUGAUGGUGCCUGUUGUCAUAUUUUAUUAAUCAUCUGGAAUUAGCUUCUGGAUACCUGGCUCAAUGCGCAGAAUUCGGUAAUUCAGUGGGGGAAUUAAUCUGGUCUGGCCGCUUCUUAUUGCCUUGUUAAUGUUAUCUUGAUUUAAAUAUGCAUUGUAUCAUAUAGAUUGUUUAUUUGUAUGCCCUCAGCUUAAGUUUUAUUUUUACCUUUGUGGUUGGAAGAUAAUAUCGGUGGAUGUGCUUAUUACUGGAGCAGGGUUUAAUUUGUGUUUAAUAUGAUUAAACUUUCUCAAUCUUUGCAAUAGUGUGACUCGUUGAGUUAUACUGAUGCCCACUGGUGUUGGUCAGUGCGCGCCACAGCUGUACAUAAUCUAGGAUUUGGAUUUGAUGCAGCCAGCAAGUAAUGUACUGUCUCGCUUUUAGAUUUGAUGUGUUUCAAAAGUGCACAUCUUGUUAACUGCAUUCAGUCCAAAGACCAUAAACCCUAGCUAUUUAGAGAUGUUCCACCUGUACUUGAAUUAGAUUACAACCUUUAUUUAGUUUUGGUUCAAUAAAUAUUAUGUAUUCAAGGGCAUUUGUGGUUUAAA